AUGAAUGUGAAAAGCAGGAUUGCUGCACAGUCUAAUUAUGAAUAGGUCGUAAAAAUGGAUUAGUCUUCAGAAAAAAAUUACAGCCAAGAUGGAAGUUUUAGGUUACCAACCAAUUUAAAAUACAGAUUCAUUUUCUAUAGACUGCUGGUCUGAUUUGAAGGUAAAUAUCCUGUUUGUGUGCCUUAGUUUUCCAUUUGUAAUGACUCACCAUGAAUCAGGAGUGGAUGACUCAGGAGUUAUGGACAGUACAGCUCCUAUGGAUUGAAAUCAGAGCUGGCUUGACAGGUACCCACAACUACACAGACAUCAGGAAAUCAGUACUUCUGUCUUCCUCAGGAUGCCUGAUCCAGGUAUUUUCUCCACUGUACUCAGCAAGUUGCCAGUUUCAAGAUCCCAUUCAAUCCUCUGAAGCAGAUUUCUGCUGCAUGCCUUGGAUAGAUGUUUCUAAUCAGCUUACAAGCUUUCCUUGACCUGCGCUUCAUUUCCUAACUCUGAUCCGACUAUGGCUGUCCUCAAAGUAAAAUUCACCAAAACUAAGAGGGACAAAUUGGCUCAGAUCUUAUGGAUCCUCAACUGGGUUUCUGUAGUGAGCGGGAUCAUUCUCUUCAGUCUUGGCCUCUUUCUGAAAAUAGAGAUCAAGAAGCGCAACGAAGUGAUGGCAAAAGGGGAUGUUAACUCUGUCCCCAACAUGCUGAUCUCUGUAGGGGUCAUAGCAUGUAUCAUCAACUUCCUGGGUGGCAAAAUCUGCUAUGACUGCUCAGAUACCAACAAGUUCUCUCGAUGGAAACUAGUUAUGCUCCCAUACAUCGUGUGCACCUUCUGUUUUACCUUCUGCAUCCUUGUGGGUGCUCUCAUGUGCUAUACCAUGAGGAACGAGCUGGAAGAGUCUCUCUAUCUGGGACUGAGGGAUGCUAUUAAGUUCUAUAAGGACACAGACAUACCUGGAAGAUGUUUCUUAAAGAAAACAGUGGAUAUGUUACAAAUUAGUUUCCAAUGCUGUGGAAACAAUGGCUUUAGAGACUGGUUUGAAAUUCAGUGGGUAUCUCAUCGUUACCUGAAUAUGGCUUCCAAGGAAGUUCUGGACCGCCUGAAGAGCAACAUUGAUGGGAAGUUCUUGGUGGAUGGAGUACCCUUCAGUUGCUGCAACCCAAGCUCCCCGCGGCCCUGUAUCCAGUACCAGCUGACAAACAACAGCGCUCACUACAACUACGACUUUCUGACAGAGGAGCUCAAUAUUUGGGUGAGGGGGUGCAGAGAGGCCCUGCUGGAGUACUACACGGCCAUUAUGAGAUCCAUUGGUAUUACAGCAUUGCUUAUUUGGUUGUUUGAGCUCUCUGUCCUUAUUGGAGUCCGGUACCUACAAACAGCAAUGAAGAAUGUCCUCCUGCUAGGCGAUCUGGAGGGUGAGUCAGAUGGUUGGUUACUAGAAAACAGCUUUGUGGAAACUGCCAAAUACAACAUCAAUAUCAUCAAGAACCUCGGCAAAGCCAACCAGAUCUCCACUGUCUCAGGCAUGAAUGAUCCCAACAUCAACGUUCAAAACACAAACUGUGACAAAACCAAUGUUACAACAAAAUCUAUCCCAGCAGCUAGCUAGGCAAGUCUUCAAAGAAACAACAUCACAAGUGUAGCUUUGACAUACCUGACGUGUAAUGUCACUGACUAGGAUUCCCUGUGUCUGUAAUUCAUCACUCACAGUACACAGGAAAAACAUACUAAUACAGAAUAGAGGGUAAGAGACCAAUAUUUUACUUGUUACUGUUGUGAAUAAUACAUUGUCUGAGUAUCAUUUUGGACAGCCUGCAUAUAAUCAAAUACGAAGAAGUUGUAUCCCUGGGAUAUUCAAAGCAGAAUUACUCUUGCUUUUGAAAUUGUUCCAAAGUCACAGUAAAAAUUCCUUUGUCUAAACAAUGUUGUUUUCUAUAACAAUAGAAUAAGCAAGAAUUAUAAUGUUAGAAUAAAUAUAAAUAAUGUAAAUAAAGUGUGCAAUGUAAAAACCUGUACUGGACUUCAAGCAAGCCGUAUGAUCAGAAUGUCAAGUGCAGUUGCUUCACUGCUUAGAAGUUUAGGCCUGUACCUAAGUAUGUUAAAAAUAAAAAUGGGCAGAUGGGGUCUGUCUGCAAUAUUAAUCUGUAGAGGAUGUUUUGCAAAACACAUGUAAGAGACAAGACCACUAGAAAAUAACUUUUUCCCUGACAAAGCCUACUAACUUCCAGGAAACAGAGAAAUCUGGGGCUUGGUAUGACAAAGAAAUUUGCAUCACUGUGCUUCAGUAAAUCUCACUGGACACUUUCCUAUAAGUUGGCAUGGGGUUUUUUAAAGCCAUUCAUGGUUUUGGUUUCCAAAAUACAAUAAGCUUCACAGGUAGAACUGCCCGGCUACACAUUUUCCCCAGACCCCACACAGCUCAUUUACUUUUAUGUGAACAGAACAUGUUUCACCAUUAGAGACUAGUUAAUAUUUGGCAAGUUAACCUUUGUGUCUCAGCCAGCUGCCAAGGACUGCAGUGGUGGGUACCAACGUGAUCACUUGUGAACUUAACUGAGUGUCAGCAUACAUCUCACAGGGAACCGUCAUUGUCUUGACUACUGCCAGGCAUUACUUAGUCAUUAGACUGCUUCUUCCUAUCCUGUACAGGCAUCCAGAGUCCCCAUCUAUACAGAUGCACAACAGAAAAGAUGUCAGCUCACUUCAUAGCAAUCAGGAUACAAUCUACUUUUUUUAAUAAAUAGUGUCUUUGCUUUGUUCGUGUUCGUUUCCUCAGACAGUGGAAGGGCUCCCUACAGACCCAGCCUGCUUUACACAGCACCCGUCACAACAGUUUGGGUUUGCUGGAGUAUUAAACACCACAGUCACUGGAUCAAGGAAACAAACUCAGGCAGCAGCAGACUCCACCUUUAACUCCCUGUAAUUUAUAAAGACAAAGAUGGCAUUAGCACGCCAAGCCUUUAAGCCGGAGCAUCUGCUCAGAUACAGAAAUAAAUACGAUUUGGGGGACACAUCUUCUCCUAGUUGUUAUUAAUGCUUAAUCCAGUCAGAAUUAAUAACAAUACAUUCGUAACAACAGCAGCUUCCAGAGUAAGGAACUCACCUAAGGAUAAAAAAC